AUGCCGACUGCCGCUGGCGCCAUCUCGAUGGCGCCGCCGCCCUCACAGGACGAGCUCAAGAAGCAGGUCGGAUACAAGGCGGUGGACGACUACGUGCGCAGCGGCAUGGUUGUCGGGCUGGGCACUGGUUCCACGGCCUACUUCGCCGUGGAGAGAGUUGGCCAGAAGCUGAAGUCGGGGGAGCUUAAGGACAUCGUGGCCAUUCCGACCUCCAAGCGCACCAGAGAGCAGGCAGAGGGUCUGGGCAUCCCUCUGGCCACGAUGGACAGCCACCCGGUCGUGGAUGUGGCGAUCGAUGGAGCCGACGCCGUGGACCCCGCCCUGAACUUGAUCAAGGGCGGCGGCGGCGCUCACUUCCGGGAGAAGAUUGUGGAGGCCUCCGCCAGAACAUUCGUGGUCAUCGUGGACGAGAGCAAGUUGUUUUCAGGACCGGGAGGCUUGGGCCGGGGUUCCCCCUGCCGGUGGAGAUCGUGCCUUUCUGCCACGAGCACACCGCCAGGCAGAUCGAGGCGCUGCCCGCACUGGCUGGCGCCCGGGCCGUGCUGCGCAGGGGCUCCGCGGCCAGCAACAAGCGGGACGGCGACGAGCCAGCCGUAA